AUGGUUCAUUCGUAUUCAACAAGGCAGUCAUCGAAUGUACAUGUGGUCAACCCUCACACUACAUUAGCCCAGAAAUCAAUCAGACACAGAGCUGGUGGAUCUGAACAUUGUGGUGUAUUACGAUUGAGUUCAGACGGCACAUGGUAUGAUGCAAGCUGCUCGUCAACAUACGGCUACAUCUGUAAAUACCCGCUAAACACCAUUUCCUGUGCUGAAUGGAAGCGUAAAGGCUAUACAUCUAAUGGAUACUACACAAUAGAUCCUGAUGGGAGAAAUAAUGGAGUCGAUCCAUACAAAGUAUACUGUGAUAUGACUACGGAUGCUAGCACAGGUAUUACGACGUUCGAGCACCAGGAGGCGAAUCGAUCUUUAGUAGCAGGUGCACAAGUGGCUUUUAGUUUCAUCCGAAACAUUACCUAUGGUGACAAGUCGGUUGAUCAAGUGGCUACCGGUGCCGAUAUCAGCGGGGAGUGCUACCAAUAUAUCAAGUACGAAUGCCAUCAUUCCCAAAUGACUGGCUCUACUGCUUGGUAUGACAGAGACGGAAAACAAAAGAACUACUGGGGUGGAGCCACGGUAGACAGCGGACAGUGCGCUUGUGGAAUCUCAGGUAUGAUUGUAGGUCAUCUUAGAGGGCAUCCUUGGCUUACAUGA